AAUGUUGAUCAGUGGAGCAGCUGGAGCGGCGUCUGCUCUCAGCUUUUCAGAUUGAGCAGUUAGAUGUUCCUAGCACAGUUCAGCCACACGGAUACAUGACCGCUCGACUUUGUUCUCAAGCGUGAGGACGUUCGUCGCCAAAGCGUGCCACCUAAAGAAGAUAAAUUGGGCACAGGGUGGUGGUUUUUAUUAGCAUUCGCCCGCGCGACAGGACGAGAAAAAGAGCUGAAACUGAAGCUAACGAGAAGCUAAUGUUAGCUUGCUAGCGCUAUGGCCUCCCAUUGUAACCAAGAUGAUGUAAGGCACCGCUGCCUGUAGAAAGCAAGAUGAGUGAAGUCCAGGCCACAGUGGAGUUUUCUGUGGAGCUGCACAAGUUCUACAAUGUGGACCUUUUCCAAAGAGGCUUCUACCAGAUGCGUGCCAAUCUUAAGGUACCACCUCGUUUUCCACACAAAGUUGAGGCCAGUUUACUUCAUCCCAGAGACUCUGAUCUGGCUUUUCCAGCUUCAGUCCAGGAUGAUGUGAUCUGUAGCAAAACUUUCCAAAUCCUCUACAAGAAUGAAGAGGUUGUGGUCAACGAUGUUCUUCUGUUCAAAGUUACAAUGCUGCUCGAUGAGAAAAAGGUGGAGGAGUCUCUCAAUGAGAUGGAUUUCCAGCUUCUCUUGGAGUUAUAUUUCACAGAUGGUGAUUACACGCCAGAAGAUCCAAGCUCUCUGCAGAACAUCAGUAGCCGCACACUUCAUUUGCACUUUAGCCUGGAGCGAGGCAUCCAUCAACACAUCAAUAUAAUGUUCGACUAUUUCCACCUGUCCGUCAUCUCCGUAGCCAUCCAUGCCUCGCUUGUUGCACUACAUCAGCCCCUUAUCAGUUUUCCUCGACCUGUGAAAACUACGUGGCUGAACCGAAACGCUCCAGCACAGAGCAAAGACUCUGUCAUUCCACCUUUAGAAAACGUGGUUUUUGGCAGCACUUACAUCAAACAAGUUUCACCAGAUGGCAGGACGUUCCUGGUGUCCGACCACUGUCUGCAGCAUGCAUUCAGCCUGCACCACAACCUGUGCUCCAAACUCUUAACUGCCUACCAGGGUCUGUUUGGCUUCUUCACUUCAAUCACCAAAAAUCUGCCCUCCUCUCAUCGAAUGGAACUAGCCAAGCCCAGCAUGCAAGUCCUAUAUGAGCGAGUUCUCAGAAGACCCUAUCCCCGAGGUCAAAGGCACGUCUACAUAGAACAACAUGAUGUUGAAGCCCGCCUAACUGAGCUGUGUGAACAUGUCAAGCAGAAAGCAGAGUCCCCAGAUGAGCUGGCUGAGCUGGUAAACAUGAACCUGGCUCAGCUCUGCUCUCUCCUCAUGGCUCUCUGGGGCCAGUUCCUCGAGGUUGUGUCCCUGCAAGAGCAUGUCGCCGCCCUGCUGGCUAUGGAGCAUCACACACUGAGAGUUAGGCGGUUUGCCGAGGCUUUCUUUUGUCUUGAACACCCCAGACAGUCAGCUCUGGCAUAUCAAGAGCUACAUGCUCACAGUCAUCAACAGAUGACUAAUGCUAUCAAAAGCUCCAACUACUUCUUAUCUUUGCCUCCACUGCCAGUGGAAUGUGCUGAACUUGAUGGUGACGUUAGUUCCCUGCCAAUAAUCUUUGAAGAUAGAUACCUGGAUUCAAUCACAGAGGAUCGUGAUGGACCUUGGCUGGUCAUGCAUAAUACAAGGACUGGCUCAGCUUCGAAUAAAGUGGACAAGCCAAAUUCUAAGGACUGUAGUGCCGUAAGCAACCCCACACCAGAGACAUCUUGUGUUCCAACCGAUAGCAACUGGCCAGAAAACUUUGAUCCACCCCCUAAAUCUAAAGGCAAAUCAGUAAAACUGAAGAAAAUUUCAAAGACUGACAGCUCCAAGAAGUUGACGCGGCAAGGCUCAAAGGACUCUGUAGUGUUAGUGGGCUAUAAAAACCUUAAAACUCCUUAUACCAGCACAAAGUACAAAGAAGAGGCUCGCGCCAAACAAGAUCAUGUACAGGAUACGUUACCGGAGGACUCGAGUAGUCAUUUACAAACUAAUCCUAGUUCUUUUUAUGAUCCUUGUGCCACAUCGGCUCAUUCUGAAAACUGUGCAGAUAUUUUAGAGUACAAUAUUAGUACUCCUGCUUGUCAGAAAGGUAGUUGUGAAAAUGUUUCUACACACAGUAAUCCUCAGGCAGGUACUGGGGUUGCUGCAACAUGCCAGCAAAUGCAAAAGGAGGAGAAAGUGGAUAUCGGUGGCCAAAAGCCGUCACAGAGUUCUGCUGAGGUGAAAACAACCAACCAUGAGCCUUUAGUAGGUGAUAAAGUCACAAUUCUUCUACCACAUCAAACUGAUACAAACCCCGGCAGCUGUAUUCCUCAAAUUACUCAAUCUUGUGAAUCACACCAGCCUGCAGCAGAAUCUGUGUUUGAACAGCCAAGCAAAAGUAUGAGCCAGCCCAGCCAAUCACGAGUGGUUUCAGUGCAGGUUAAAGGUGAUUGUAUCAGACUGCCAGAUGGAAGAGCCCCCAGUGCCUCAUCCCGUCUCUCAGACUCUGGCAUUGACAGCGAGCCCAGCUCCUUUGCCACUCAACAGGUUCUAGGAUUGCAUUCCUGCUCAGGGCAGAGUGUCUCAAUUCUGCAGCCUGAGAAGACCCUCCAGGGUCCCGCUGCACCACCAGCUCAGCAAAGCACUGAGCAAAAACCAAUUGGCACGCCAGAAAUUCUGUUCCCUGGAAAUACCAGCGCAGUAAGUGGAGUCCAGUCUUCUCUCACAUCUAUUAAUUCCCUGCCUUCAGACGAUGAAGGGGAAGUUUCCUCCAAGAGCACCAGUGGAGCUGAAGUCCAAAAGAGGAAAUCCAGUGUCUUGGUACAGGAGCAGAGUGUAGUUUUCUCUGGGGAUGGUAUUAGAAGACUUGAUGGUAACACUAUUGCAAAGGAUUCCCAACUGAGAAAACCUGACAUUGACAUUGAAAGUGAAACCAAAAGUUCUUCUGAAUUGGAAGUAGAGGACAGCGGGACAUUAAAAGAUUCCCACAGUGAACCACAUACUACCUGCCCUUCCAGUAACUCAGCCACGAGCAGCACUGAUGUGGUCAAACGUGGGAUGGUAGAGAACUACUUUGGCUCCUGUUCUAGCACAGAUGUGUCUGAAAUCAGUCCCUUGGAAACCUCUGCUAUCACGUUGGGAAUCCAGGUGGAACCACAUGCUGAGGAGGAUGAGAACGAGACGGAACACGAGAUGAUUGAGAACGGUUACUACGAGGAAGGGGACGGCUACGCUUUUGUGAACGGUGUUGUAGAUGAUGAGCAAGCAGCAUCUUCCGACGCGCCUCAGGAGACGAGUUACUUGCUGGAACAGCUUGGCAUCAGAUAUCACCACGAAAGAAGUGAUCUAUCAAAAGCUCCUAUAUGCUCCAAUGUAGCUUCCAGCGGAGUUGGACACAGUUUGGGUCGAGCACCUUUUUCCACCACCGGUAUUUCUUCCAACCUGCAUUGGUAUGAAUGUGCGCCCACGGCACAGAUGAAAGCGUUCAUCAAGGCCAAGGAGGAAAUGAAAGAGCUCAAACUCCCUGGUUUCCUCUACAGUGAGGUUCCUGAGCUGGCAUCUACUGUGCCCUAUUUCAGCUUAGAGGAAGAUGAAAACUGUGAUGAAGGGAUUCAUCUUAUAGUGUGCGUCCAUGGUCUGGAUGGUAACAGUGCAGACCUGAGAUUAGUGAAGACUUACCUUGAGCUUGGUCUCCCUGGUGCCCGAAUAGACUUCCUAAUGUCUGAGAGAAAUCAGAAUGAUACCUUCGCUGACUUUGAGUCAAUGACGGAUCGACUGCUAGAUGAAAUAGUCCAGUAUAUUCAGCUUUACAAUCUAACUGUAUCUAAAAUAAGCUUUGUUGGUCAUUCGCUCGGGAACCUCAUCGUACGCUCGGUGCUGACGAGACCCAGGUUUAAAUGUUAUCUGAGCAAGCUGCACACGUUUCUUUCCUUAUCUGGACCUCAUCUGGGCACGCUCUACAACAGCUCUGCUCUGGUCAACACAGGUCUGUGGUUCAUGCAGAAGUGGAAGAAGUCGGGUUCACUAUUGCAGCUGACAUGUCGUGAUCAUUCUGACCCUCGCCAAACUUUCCUGUACAAACUCAGCAAAAAAUCUGGUUUGCAGUAUUUCAAGAAUGUGGUGCUGGUGGGGUCACUACAGGAUCGCUAUGUUCCCUAUCACUCUGCUCGAAUUGAGAUGUGCAAAACUGCAUUAAAGGACAAACAAACUGGGCCGAUGUACACCGAGAUGAUUCAAAACCUUCUGCUGCCAGUACUCCAGAACAAAGACUGUAAUCUUGUCCGAUAUGAUGUCAUCCACGCCCUGCCCAACACCGCCAAUUCACUCAUUGGUCGGGCUGCACACAUCGCUGUUCUUGAUUCUGAGAUCUUCCUGGAGAAGUUCUUCCUCGUUGCAGGCCUCAAGUUCUUUCAGUAGAAAUGCAUUGGAAUCAAACACUUGGCUGGACAAUAGGAAUGUGGCACCAAUACCUCACUGCAAGUAAAAGUACUGGUGAUAUAUA